UGCUCCCUGGGACCCCCAGCCCAGCUGGCUCAGCAGCACCAGGCCUGGAUGCAAUUCCUUGAGGGAAGAGGUGGCUCCCUGUGCCCCACCGGGGUCUGAAGCACGAGGUGACAUGUCCAGCACCGACCGGGCUCUGCAGAAGGACUCACUGCCUGCACAGCACCCAAAUCCUGCCCCAAAUCCCCAAGACCAGCCCCGCUCGGAGGGGACCUCACAGCACUCGGAACGUCGGAAUUGCCGGAUCCUCACGGGCACACGCUGAUGCCCUGAGCACAGGGGGAUGAGCCUGCAGGGAUGGGCACUGCCAGGGCAGGAGGAGCAUCGGAGGAGCCUGAGGACGCCACAGCAUCCACCACUGAACCAGGCAUUUUGGGAAAACCUCUGGCUCCAGCUGCCCUGGGGAUGAGUGCACAGAGCCUGGCAUAUGGUGGCUCUGGAGACAGCCGGGGACCCAGCAGGGAGAGCCUGGGCCUGGCUGGAGCGGCCGCUUGGGCUGCCAGGGCCAGACCACGCAAGGACGGAGGGCACGGCGUGGGGACCUGCACACCUGCACACCCCGUGUGCCCCUCGGGAGCCCCUCGGGCCCCCAGGGAGCGCUGGGAGCUCCCACGGCGCUUCUGGAGCCGGUGAUGUCUCUGCUCUGUCCUGGCAGCCGGAGCCGGCCGGUCCCAGGGGGCCCGGGGAGCCCGCGGAACCGCCCCUCGCUCCUCCUCCCCUCCUGCUGCUCCUGAUAUACCCUCCUGGCUCCGGCCGCUCCGAGCAUCCCUCUGCUCCUCUCCCUCACUCCCGCUCGCCUCACUCCUUUUCCCUUCUCCAUUUCUCCUCUCUGAACUUGCCCCUUCCCCCUCCCCUGCUCUCUCCACCGAGGAACUGACUGAAGACCCCCAGGUUGGGCCAGGGCAGGGGCCAGGACCCCCACACCAGAGCCAGGACCUCCACACUACAGCUGGGACCCCCAGGCUGGGCAAUGCCUCUCCAGAUAUUCUGCACCAUCUCCUUCUCCAGUGAGGAAGAACCAGAAGAUGCUGCAGCCACUGGGAAGGGAGAAGAUGGAGCAGACGAGUUCCUGUAUGGGCAGGAGGAGGAUGAAGACGAUGAGGAGGACACAGGGGCAACCACGGACUUCGUGGCCUUUGCCAGCAGCUGCACCCUGCACGGGCUGAGCCACAUCUUCGUGGAAGGCAGCCUGGGCGCCCGGCAGGCGCUGUGGGCGCUGGCCUUCCUCCUCUCCCUCUCCGUCUUCCUCUACCAGGUGGCCGACCGCAUCGCCUACUACCUGGAGUACCACCACGUCACGCUGCUCAGCGAGGAGGACAGCCCCGAGAUGAUCUUCCCCGCCGUCACCUUCUGCAACAUCAACCGCGUGCGGCUCUCGCAGCUCAGCCACCAGGACUUGCUCUACCUGGCUCCCCUGGUCGACUACGAGCCUGGGAUGGAGCUGGGCUUCACCCCAGCCCAGCCUGACCCCUGGGAGGAGGACGAGCCCCUAAAUUUGUACGGGUUUUUUAACCGCACUUGCCACCAGCUGGAGGACAUGCUGCUGAGCUGCAGCUACCGCGGCCAGCGCUGCGGCCCCGGGGACUUUGCGCCGGUCUUCACCCGCUACGGGAAGUGCUACACCUUCAAUGCGGGGCAGGACGGGAAGCCACGGCUCAUCACCAUGAAGGGGGGCACUGGCAAUGGCCUGGAGAUCAUGCUGGACAUUCAGCAGGACGAGUACCUGCCAGUGUGGGGGGAAACAGAUGAGACCUCGUUCGAAGCCGGGAUCAAGGUGCAGAUCCACAGCCAGGACGAGCCUCCGCUGAUUGACCAGCUGGGCUUCGGGGUGGCUCCCGGCUUCCAGACCUUUGUGUCCUGCCAGGAGCAGCGGCUCAUCUACCUGCCGCCUCCCUGGGGUGACUGCAAGGCCGUGGCGGGCGACUCGGAGUUCUACGACACCUACAGCAUCACGGCCUGUCGGAUCGACUGCGAGACCCGCUACCUGGUGGAGAACUGCAACUGCCGCAUGGUGCACAUGCCAGGCGAUGCCCCUUACUGCACCCCGGAGCAGUACAAGGAGUGCGCGGAUCCGGCCUUAGAUUUCCUGGUGGAGAAGGACAACGAGUACUGCAUCUGCGAGAUGCCCUGCAACAUGACCCGCUACGGCAAAGAGCUCUCCAUGGUCAAGAUCCCCAGCAAGGCCUCGGCCAAAUACCUGGCCAAGAAGUACAACAAGUCAGAGCAGUACAUCGGGGAGAACAUCCUGGUGCUGGAUAUCUUCUUUGAGGCCCUGAACUACGAGACGAUCGAGCAGAAGAAGGCGUACGAGGUGGCUGGUUUGCUGGGUGACAUCGGAGGCCAGAUGGGGCUGUUCAUCGGGGCCAGCAUCCUCACAGUGCUGGAGCUGUUUGACUACGCCUACGAGGUGAUAAAGCACCGGCUGUGCCGGAGGGGCAAGUGCCGCAAGAACCACAAGAGGAACAACACAGACAAGGGCGUUGCGCUAAGCAUGGACGACGUGAAGCGCCACAAUCCCUGUGAAAGCAUACGGGGGCACCCAGCAGGCAUGACGUACGCAGCCAACAUCCUACCUCACCACCCGGCCCGGGGUACCUUUGAGGACUUCACCUGCUAACCGACGUCUGGAUGUACAACCUGAGCUACCAAAGCCCUGCGAGAGCUGCCCUUCUCCCCGCCAGCGCCAGCGGAGAGACACAUCUAGGGGGCCUUUGCUCCUCGGCACGGUGGGACACGGACAAGAGCGACGGCCUCGGAUUUCGGGGCGGGCAGUGGGGUCGGGCAAUGCCAGACCCCGGCGCAGCCCCCACGGCAGCUGCUCUGCGCCUGCUCUGCUCCUUCAGAGACUCCAGGACGCUCCAGCCCGGCCGUCCCGCGGAGCGGGAGCGACACGCACAGUGGGCCAGGGCACGGGCCUGCCCCGGCUCCCCCUUGGCUCCCCUCGGCCUUUUUAACUAAAACCCAGAAGCCAAGAAGAAGCAGCCGUUCGGCCGCAGUCUCCAUCCACAGCCCUGUCCGUCUGUCCUCCGUCGUCUCCAUGCUCAUCCUACUCCAAUGCCUUGGCCGAGCUUGCCGGGCCCCCUGUGCCCUGGGGGGCAUCGGGGAUCAUCGGGGAGCCCCCGGUGUGCCCUGCCCAGGGCAGCAAGCCGGGAGUCCCCCGAGAGCACCUCUGUCCCCCGGGACCGCAGCCCCGGCUCGCCCGGGCCCUCCCGGCAUGAAGACGCAGCAUCUCCACCUGUCCACAAGGUCUUCCUUGGCCCCUGUCCCGGGAUCAGCCCCAGGAUCAACCCCGGGAUCAGCCCCGGGAUCAGCCCCGGGAUCAGCCCCGGGAUCAGCCCCGGGAUCAGUCCCGGGAUCAGUCCCGGGAUCAGCCCCAGGAUCAGCCCCGGGAUCAGCCCUGGGAUCAGUCCCGGGAUCAAUCCCGGGAGCACCGAAGGGGCUCAGCUGGGAGGUGCCACCUCGGCUCGAGGACACCGGCCACUGUCCCUCCCCGUCCACCCCUCCUGGGCUCUGGGCAGCCUGGCCAGUUCCAGCACUGCCCUGCAGCCCCCCCAUCCCCAGGUGACCCCAAACCCAGCCAUCCUCGGGGAGAAAGGCAGAAGGAAACCCCUGGCCCCACAUGGCCACCGCCCCCAGCCCGGCCCAGCCAGGGACACCCCCUUGGCACCACCGUGGCUGGGCAGGCACCGGAGCCCCAACCCCCCCGGGGGUCCUGGGGGGCUCUGGAGCUCAGCUCCAACCCCACUGAGCCCCGACAGCUGCUGCCCCGGGGGGGUUGGGGUGUCUGUGGGUUCCCAGGGCCACCGCUGCCCCUUCCCUGGCACAGCCCUGCCCUGGCUGGGGUCCGUGGCCACCAGGUCGCUGCCCCCCGGGCCUGUCAGCGCCCAUCACUCCCCUCUGGGGUCCCUGCUUGGCCCCCCAGCCCAUCUUCAAGCCCCCAGGCCAGAGCCCUUCCCGGGCCCAAGUGCUACUUAUCUUUAAGAGCUUUUGCAAUAAGUCUUUUGAGUAAUUUUUUUUUUUUUUUUCUAAACUGCAGUUUUGGGUUUUUAUUCUUGUCAUUUUUAUUCUUAUUAUUUGCUUCCUGACCAAAAUUAGGAACUGGGGGUCAGUCCUUUGUAUCCAGCAAUCACCCAAAGACGACGGGUCGGCCACAUCCAUAAAUUUUCUUAUGGAUUUCUCCUAACGUUUCAUCUCGUUUCAUUUAUUUAUUUUCUUUCUUUCUCUUUCCCAUUCAAGCUUUUAAAGAUGGGGCUGGGAUUUGACCUUGAGGCUCACCUGUUGAAGAAAACGCUUUUUUGUUGUUAUAUCAUCGGCAUUUUAUAUUUCUUAUAUAUAAUAUAUAUGACUAUAUAUAUAUGUGUACAUAUAUAUAUAUAUCUCUCUAUAUGCAUCAUGCCAGUGUAGAUACCCAUUCAGUAGAGUUUAGGCCUUGUUCUUGUGCCAUUUUUUUUUUUUCUGUUACUGAUCUCUGAAUGCCUUCAAGUGUAUAAAGUGUGGAAUUCUCUCCGGUAUCUGUACUAUGUACACACAUUUUCAUAGGAAGCACAAUAAGAUGACAGAUGCAUUGUACAUCAAUACCUGCUACUCUUAACAACGAUGAUAUAAAGAAUGAUAUAAAUGA